UUUGUUGUGUAUAGUCAUAUGACUGGCGGGAAAGAACAGCAUGGAGCUGUUAUGAUUGACACAAGCGAGAGCUUUCCAGCGAGAAGCAAGCAGUGCAGGUGCAGUGACAUGUAGUGACAGUGAACACUGUACGCUGUACACUAAACACUUGUAGUUAUUAUAUAGCGUUACAGUGUACAGGUGGAUAGCGAGAAGAACCCAAACGAAGAGCGUGGUGUUCAUGUCACGAUUGCUGAAGAAAUCGCAAGGACCGUAUACAGACGUACACGGCUUGAAAGAGAAAGGAGAUGGCUACCAACUUUUCUGACAACAGUGGCAGGAAGUCCCCUCAACUGAGCCCAAGGGACGCAGGCCAGCCCUUCACCUACACACCUGCCGUUAGGCCCAAGAAAAGGUCUGCAAAAAAAGGCAGGAAAGAUAAGAAGGAUGAAAGUGAAGAACCGCCUUGUCAGCCUGAAGUUGUUUCCAGCGAAGUCGGGAGUGACGGAGGCGUGAUUGAAACCACCUGCAAGGAUGUCGUUGUUCAUGUCCCUCGCAACCACUCAUCAGAGAAGGGAAGGCAAAAGGUCACUGUCACCGUGGCAACGGAUUGUCCACUGGAAGCACAGGGUCCAUAGAUGGCAGCGGUUGCACCCCUGGUGAAGGUAGAGCUCAGUGAACCAGGGAAAGUGGAAAAGAACAUUAUUGUGGAUGUCCAGAUGGAUGCAAGGAUCAAGGAAAGUGAGAGGAACACCACCCACAUCGAGUGCCUCCAAAGCAGCUCCCCUGACAGUGGUUUUGAGCAGGUGGACCAUCAGCUGUACCGGAUGUUGCCAGGCAACAUUAUCAGACUGCUUCUGAAAGGACCACUUCAGGAAAAUUUCAUCAUGGUGGUGGCCAAGACUGUGAAGGAGUAUGUUUGGGAUUCACUGGAACGGAGGGUGACUUUUGCAGUCUUUGGUCCAUGGGUUCUCCAGAAGUCCAUAGUCCCUGUGUUGGUCUAUUCCUGCCGAGGCAACCAUGGACUCCUGGCCUGGUAUGACUCCUUCAAGGAAAAAAUGGGAUCCACCAGUCAGGCAGAGGGCAGUGUGCAGUGGGGAGAGAGCUAUGACAUGUAUGUGGACAAACCACAGAGGCUUGAGAUUACUGUGUCACUCAAAACAUCUUCCUGGGAAAUUGAAGAUGAAGAAGACAAGCAGACACUCAUCAUAUCUAAGGGAGCUGUGAAGAAAAGAGGCAAUGGCAAAUUUGGGUUUGUGGUCACCAAGAAGAGUGGCAAGAAGACAAAUCCAUUUAUCAUCACCUUCAAUGUAAAGCCUGAUGAAAAGAGCAAGCCCUUCAUGUUCCAUGUUGCCUCUCCAGCUGGUCCUCCAGACAGUGCCCCAACAAGCCCACGGGUGAAGAGGCGAAGACAAGGUACACCACAGAGGAGGAGGUCAAGUGCCAGUCAACACCCAACAGCUCCCUCCGUCAUCAACUGUGAAAUCGUCAGGGCCAAGGUUACCCGACGCAGAAACCAGUGGUAUCAACUGGACUACAAUGAAGGACAGUUUAUUCCUGUUUUGACCAAGCAGGAGGUCUUUGGCCACUGUGAAAAGGUACAAAAGGUGUACUGGGUGGGCUACACUGAUGGAAGAGUUGGCUUCUUCCCAAGAGAGGAUGUGGAAAUUGUGGAGGGCUUCCGCUGCGAGGUCUGUCCAACCAAGGAUGGCCUUCUGCGCUCCCUCUUCGAGCCGUGUUGUCAUCUCAAAUUUAACUACAGUUUCAUACGACAGGAGAUUGUCAACAACCUUGUGAAGUGGCCCAAGUUUGCGAGGGAGGUUGGCUUCAACGAGGCCGACAUCGAAGACAUCAAGGUCAGGCACCGGGAUGACGGCAAAGAGCAGGUGGCUGCGAUGAUGGAGGACCUUCGCCAGCACAUUGGGGAGGAGAGACCUGAGCUGCUUAGAACCAUCAUAGAUGGCCUCUUCCACUGUGGGAUUCCUUACAAGAAAGUCGACUGUCCUCGGCUGGCACUCAAGAUCCUGGCUGGGACUCCCUCCUCUACGACUGUGGCCUGCAACAUGCAUCCCAACUACAAGGAGAUGGGGUCUAAGCUUGGGUAUGGCAUCAUCCAUCUUAUGAGAAUCAACCAGCAAUGCAAAGGAGGGAACAGCACAGAAAAAGCGUGCCAGCCAGAGUAUGCCAUCCUGCAGGAGUGGCAGGCACAGAAGUGGAGCGGGAAGAACCAGGACCCGGUGGACAUGCUACAGUGGCUGCACAUCGUGGUGCAGGAGAUGAGUGAAGGGAAGCCCAACCAGGAGUUCCGACACAUCCAGGGUGCCAUCCUCUUCCUGCUCUGCUACCAGCGGAUUCCAUUGUAAUACUGUCAGACAUCCGCUCACUUCAUUUUGUGGCCUGAUACUCUCUUAUAUGAAAUUGACAGAUGAGUACUGUCAGAUAAUGAUGGUCUCUUUGGAGUGCUAAUAAUUUCAUUUUAUUUGCUUGUAUUUCUAUUUUCUUAAACCUUACAUCAACCAAUCUUGCCUUGUAUCAACUAAAUCUUACAUGUAAAUGUACAACGGAGUUUGUACAAUGAAGUGUCACGUGUCAUUUAAGGACCAUACUAAUUUUUGUCGUAGCUCCUAUACAGACUAUUUGACAUGUAUACACACAAACAUGUAUUUGACUUUAAAAACCUGACUUAAAUUUAUUAGAUACACGUAGAUGUAUUUGACUUUAGAAAGUCAAUCAAAUUUUCGUUUCCAUUUUCUUUUCAGAAGGAAAAUUUCCAAAUCUUGUCUCUUUCUUAAUCCGAACUGACCAGUUUUAGGUGUUCAUUGUCAUACUUUUACUGUAAACCAAACUGGACACUGUCCUGUCUCCCAGUCAUUCAAGAAAAGUGUGAAUCAUGGAUGUGCACUUGGAAAAAAUUUCUAAUGCACAUGUAAUGCAACUUGUAAGGUGAGUGUAAUAGCAACAUCAAAUGCAAUUAAGUGAUGGAUCAUUGUGAAAAGCCAACCAUAAUAGUGUUGGAAAGAAAUCACAGUAUAGGGUUGAAGUGAAAAGACAACAGGGUUUAAGUUAUGUAUACAACAAUGAAAGGUGCUUGUGUGGAAAACCCAGAACCAAGGGCUUCUAAGUACACAUUGCUGAAUUUGAUGGAUGAAAAACAACUUAGUAACCCUUGUGUUGGAAUAAAGUUCAAUGUUUUACUAUGAUUGCUACCAAACACAGAUGAACUUUCAUGAAAAACAACUCUUAGUACAUUUUCAGGGAUGCUUCUUUUAAAAAUGACGUGAAGUAACUGGCCACUGUUUUGAAAGUGGCAUUUUGCAGUACCAGUAAAUUGUUUUACCUUUACUUGUAAAUUUGUACCCAAGUGUAUUUGGUGAAAAAUAACAAAUAAGUGAAAGUUGCUUUUAGUUUACAACUUGAUAUAUCCAGAGUAUCAUUCAUGUAGUUUUGGUACUACUAGGUAUACAGGGAUUUGAGAUGACUGAUUGAAGUACUAGUAUAAACAUCCUACUUUUAAAAAUACUUAAUUACUGUAUAUAAAAUUAAUGAAAAAUGUAAAAAAAUAUGUCAAAUAUACAACCAGAAAUUAAAUGUAGCCAGUAUACAGCAGUGGAAGAAAAUUCUACCCCAUUGAUAUUUUGACUACUCAUUUUGAUAUAAAUCACCAAGGACGUUAUAUCACUUGAUUCAUUCAGUAGACAUGAUAAGCAACUGUUUGUAAAUUUGUGCUAAAAUUUUGUAAUUUUUGGUAUAGAUCUAUGAUUGUUUCUGCAGUUACCCACCGUUAUCCACCCAGGUAGAAACAUAAAUACCUGGAGAGUGUACUUGGAAUGAAAUCUUGACAGUAGAUAAGUUAUGUGGUUAUAAGGUAUGAAUGGGCAAAGAUCUGCUUACUACGAACUGAAGAUGAAAAUAAGAAUGUCUAUCAAAUAAUAAAUGUGAAAAAAAAACAUAAGUAAAACAUUGGUGUGCUGUCACCAACCUUUUAAGUCAGUCUUAAGUUGUAUUUGGAUCUUACUGCACAAGUCAAACCUGGACAUAUGUACCUGACAUUGAUGACUUCUUUCUACCAGUCAGAUCAUGCACUGUUGCUAUGGCUACUGUUGCUAUAUCUGCACUCCACCCAUCUAACUCAUUAAAAAUGAAAUUGAAAGCACAAGUAGAAGUUUGAAGACAACAUUGUUUUGUUUCAUGUCAAUGUACAGAGUGUAAAAUGUACUGCAUCUUAUGCCAAUAAUCAACUCAUGACACAAAAACUUGUAAGAAUUACUACAACAUCAUGCAAUUAUUACAUGACUGAUGUGUACACAAAUCCAAACAGAUCUGUGACAAACCUAAAUUACAUUGGUGCUGAUGUUCUGCAUACUUACUCACUACAUGUGUCUGUCCCCACACAAGGUUGCUACUAAUAGCAAGAAGGUUUAAACCUCCUUGGUAAUACGGAUAAUAGUUACAAUGUGACAGAUACUAUCACUUCUCUAAAUGCAGUUCACUCUCACAGAACAUUGUUUCACUCAAAAAUCCGAGGGUGAGGGUUGCAGAGUCAUGCAGGUGUAUGUAGAUGAGUAUGAGGUACGUGUUGACACAAUGUAUCAGAUGUACCCUGGCAUUUAAACCAUCUGCCUGCUAAGGUAGCCACUUGGCAUCAAUACGGGGUUAGUCACCAUGGAGAAGGUUAAUUUUCACUUUUUCUUAGAUAAAUGCAAAACAGAUAAAACACAAUGGUAGUAAUCAAACUGAAUGAAAUUAUCUUGACUGUGCAGUUUACCUUUGAAAUACACGUACUUCAUUUUUUACAGUUAACUACUACAUGUUAACUACUACUUUUGCUGCUAUCUGUUUCUAGCUAAAACUACAUGGCUAGUAUGCCAGGAUAGUGCUGACAAAUGUACACGAACACCACAGUUACUAUGGGUCAUGUUCUUAUUGUGUCACACACAUUGCAUUGAUACACAUUAAGACACUGCAUUUGCUGAUGAAGGCAUGGAAGAGAAGCUUCUACCUGGAUCUCUGGUGACACAUUCUAGACAUGGCUCACAUUGAACAUUACUCAGGGCUUGAAAUACUUUUUUUUUUUUUUAGUUUAUCACAAUAUCGCAAGUAGAC